AUGGAUCAGAAUCGAGGGUUUCGGGAAGUAGCGCCCCCCGAUGAAGCUGAGCAGCAUGCGCAGCGAAGUCAGCUAACCAUGAACAAAACCGGCAAGCGAAGCUACCAAAGAGCUUGUAAAGUUGCCCUGGCGAAGGGAGCAGCACUUUACAAAGGCCGUCUUCUGACAGCUCAGGCUCUAGGAGCUCAUGAAGGACAAUUCGCGUCUCCUGCGAAAGCGGAGAGGCGUUCUUUUCAACCGAACAGACAGAUCCAUCACAAAUUUGAUAUGGAAGUCCUUACUUGGAACGCAGGCUCAAUUACAAGUCGAGUUUGGAACGAGAUUCUGGCCCUUUUGGCAACAACAGAGUACAAGAACAUCAAAAUCGUUUUCCUGCAGGAAUCGCAUUGGCAGCAGGACCAGGUCUACAGCUCAGGCCCGUGGUCAGUCCUAACCUGUGGCUCAACAAGCAGACACAAGGCUGGCCUGGUUGUCUUGGUGCAUAGCUCACUGGCUCCUCUUUCAGAAAUUCGCAGCACUUCCAUUGUUCCAGGGCAUUUGCAGCACGUCAUGAUCCCGUGGCAGAGAUCCAGAAUACAUCUCCUGAACCUGUACCAGCACGUCUGGGAUUCAAAGCUCUCGAAGACGGAAAACAGAGGCAGGAGAAAGGACGUGGUGACACAGCUCGAAAAUCGAACACAGAGAGUCCCACAACGUGAUUUCUUGAUUGUGGCUGGGGAUUUCAAUGCGCAUGCGGUGACUGAACGUCCUCAUAUCGGACCAAGUGUGCCUCAUCGAGUACGGUUUGCAAAUGCGGAUGUGAAGACACUGCCCUCGCUCUGCAAAUCCUGUGGACUCACUGCGCUGAACACAUGGGCUUCUGGCCAUCGCAGUACGGAUACUAACAGUGAUGGCACAUAUUCCUCUCAGAUCGAUUUUAUGCUGGUCAGACUGCACGAUGCUCGGAGGAGAUCCAAGGAGGCCUACUCGGAUAAGAACUUUCCUGUGGCUGCCUACAGAGAUGGAUCAAAACACUUUCCAGUGCGAGCUACUCUGUUCAUUCCUCCUUACAGUCCUACACCCAGCAAGCCACGGCCGUUUGAUGCCACAGCCCUGGAUGCGAGCUUUCGGCGGAAAGAUGACAACUGGCAUGCAUACUCACAUCGUCUGACGGAAUCAGUGGUGAGGACAAUGCAAGAGAGACCGUCUUGGCAAGAACUGGAUGAAGUGAUGGUUCGUGUAUCAGCUGAGCACUAUCCUCCUCCACGCAAGUCUCAGCCAGCAGCAGGUCCAAUUCAUCAGGAAUAUUGGAAGAAAGUGCGGCAAAUCCAGGAGCACAAGAGGGCUGGAACCGAGCAUAAUCCAGACUGCCAGAAGCUUGUGGAGGACAUCAAAGAGGAGGUAUCCUCGCAAAUCAAGACAGUGCCAGUGGGGAAAGCAGUCCCCAGCACCUCAGCCCCAGUGUCCCAAUCAGACAUUUCCCCUUAUCUAAAGGACCCUCGAAUUGCAUGGAUCCCCAAGCCGGGCAAGCCAGCCACCGCCAUGAAAAACCUGAGGCCCAUAGGAGUCAUCAGCGUGCCAGGCAAAGUGCUAGCAGGCGCAGUGAAGACUCGCAUUGCACCAGCAUUGCAGGUGAGCUCACAGCUUCAGCCUCAAUUUGCGUACAUUCGGCAGAGGGGGGUGCGGGACGCUAUCGCGAAAGCAUGUCAGCACCUUGAUUUCGCGCAGCAGCUCCGUCAAGAGCAUCGCAGGGACCUGCACAAGUCCCAACGCGGAGCUAGGCAGGCUCAGCUGUCAGGGGCACUCACUAUUUCGGUUGAUCUGAGCAAAGCUUUUGAUUCUGUUAAUAGACAUGAGCUGCUAGCUGCCUUGGAUCGCCUGGGAACAGACCCUGUUACGAAAGAACUGGUAGUUCAACUACACAGUGAGACCUCCUACAACAUGGGCACAGGUGGACUAGAGAUUCAAGACGUGGGGCUGGAAGUCAAUCCAGCGAAGUCCAAAGCCUUGCUAAUGGUUCAGGGCACUCAGCAGUCCAUCUUUCGCAAGAAGCACACGAUGCGCAAAGAGAAGCAGUUGCACAUCGUCCUUCCCUCAGGACAUAAGAUUCCGAUUCAUCACAAACUAACAUAUCUAGGGGUGCAGCUCAGCUAUGGAUCCUACAAAGACCAGACUGUUGACUAUAGGAUCGCCCAAGCUCAAGGCAAGUUUGAGCUACUUCGACACAUCCUGUGCUCCACUAAGGCCUUGGAGGCUUCAAAGAAGUUGGAGAUCUGGAGGGUCUAUGUGGAAUCCUCACUCUUGCAUGGGCUUGUGGCCACUGGCGUCACCUCAUCAGGUCUUCAGAAGCUUCAGAGUAAAUACUCUAGGAUGCUAAGAUCCAUCUUUAAGCAACACCAGCACUACAGCCAUAUUGACACGAAGACUCUGUUUGAGCAAUACAAGGUUCAGUCUCCUCAAGCAGUUUUGAUCAGCCAGAUGAAAAACUAUCAAGACGCACUAGAUGCCUGUCAGAAGUCCAACCCGGAUCAGAACAUACAGUGGCAUCUGGGACUUAGAGGUAGGAUUGUUGCGCUGCAACUGGAGCUUCAGAGCAUGCAUUUAGACUUGACCGAGGCAGAUCAGGCGGACAGCGUGCGAAUCAGCUAG